AUGAAGUUCUCUAGUAUCAUAUUUGCUACCGCUUUGCUUGUUAUCUCAUCGGUCAAUGCUCUUGAUUGCUCUCCUGAAAACACCGAAAUCUAUUCCGAAGAACUGGAUUACUCAUCUACACUCCAAGACAUGAUUGAUGAAGCAAGUAGAACAAAAAAACCUGUGGUUUAUCUCAAUCCUGGCCUCUUCACUCUUGAUCCUGUAAAGCCAAUCGUUCUUAGAAAGGGAGUCUCGUUAAAGGGGGAUCCGUAUCAACCAAGUAUUCUCAGCGUGAAAGAUAAAAAUACCACUGGUACAAUUGAAGUUUACCAGGACAAUCAAGCCUGGGCAAUUCAAGACAUUGUUUUUGAAAAUGUUAAUAUUCAGGUGCAGGAAAACACAAAUGAAGAUGAAACUGCAAUUCUUGGUAAUUUAUUUUUUAAUGGACAACGUGGUUCAAUUAUUGCAAGAUACGGUGAAAAACUAUACAUUGAUGGAAAUGUUUUUUUGCGUGAUGAGGCUCAUGCCGGUCACUAUACGUUACCUACUUACAAUACAACAAAUACUGGUGUUUUGCUCCAGACUCAGAAGAACACUGUUGUCUCAAACAAUAUAUUUGGAAUGGAUCUCCGUAAAAUGGAAAAUUUAGUUCCUUAUGUUAGCCAGCAAUUACGAGCGCCUUUAAGAAAUCUUAAAUUUAUUCAUGAAUGUCUUAAACGUAAUUUAGAUGACGAACAGGGCUAUCUCGCAUCUGGUCUUCAACUUUAUGCAACCAAUGAUAUCACGAUCAAAGAGAACAUUCUGAAUGCAACAUUCCCUGACACAAAACCUAUUUCUCAAGAUCACGCUAUCAGUGUAGUUGGCUCCAACCAAACUUAUAUUACUGAAAAUUUUAUUGCGGGGUGGCAGAUUGCAGAUUUUGGUGGCGCCGUCCGAUUUACUUCUGCUGUGGAUGGCUAUGUUAUUUCAAAUUAUCUUGCUAACACUGGCGUUAUGAUGUAUGCUGCUGUUCAUGCAGACUAUAAACAGGUCAGUAAUAUUGUUGUUCACAAGAAUUUUCUGUAUCGAUUCCUUGGUAAAGAGGUAGCUGUACCUGAAGAGUUGGACGGUUGGCUUUAUGAGGGUGUGACAUUCUUUGAUUUUUAUACCGCUCGCCUCAACUACACUAUCCGCCCACCUAUCUGGAAUAGCAGUGUUCCUAUCUCUCCUUGGGGUUGGCAUAUCGUUGUCUCUGAUAACAAGUUCGGUGCCAGUAAAGGUGUCGAUCCCAACGUUAUAAGCUUAGGUAAUUUGGACCCUACUGAGGGCUAUUUUGAUCGCAAAAACUGCUAUGUCACUGAGCCUCUUGUUGCGGGAUCUAAGAACGCAGAAGUUGUCCCAUUACUUUGGCGCCAAACUUAUGAACAAGGCAAGUUUAGUAAGAAUGGUGGAAAAAUUCCCAUGAAAUUGGUGCAUCAUACAGAUGAUGAUUUGAAUGAUCAAAUUCCUGCUCAGUUACGUAACCUACAAAUUCCUGAGUUCUGGAAAGCUUUUACGCUUAAAAAUGAUACUAUUCCCAUGCUUUCUCCAGAUACUCCAUGUUACAAAUCGUCUUAA